UGGCCCCGUCCCUACGAGGCCCCGACAGCGCCCCAGCGUAUGGGCUUAGGCUGGAGCAGUGCGGAGGAGCGGCAGCCCCUUCUGCCGCCGCCGCCGCCACAGCAGCAGCAGCAACGGCGACGGCCGCGGGAGCCGGCGGGGGCCCCGGCGCUGCCAACCGCGGUGCCGGGGCCGGUGCGACGGCUGCCGCCGUUGGCGGGCCGCGUCUAUGGGCGGCGGUGGCUGGUGCUGUUGCUCUUCUCGCUGCUGGGCUUCGCGCAGGGCCUGGUGUGGAACAGCUGGGGCCCCAUCCAGAACUCGGCCCGCCUGGCCUUCGGCUUCAGCGGCUGGGACAUCGCCCUCCUCGUCUUCUGGGGGCCCAUCGGCUUCGCGCCCUGCUUCUUCUUCAUGUGGCUCAUGGACAAGAAGGGUCUGAGGGUAACUGUGUUGCUAACAUCAUCGCUCAUGGUACUGGGUGCUGGCCUGAGAUGUGUUCCAGUUUCAGACUUAGAAAUCAGGAAGAAGCUGAUCCACGGAGGGCAGCUGCUAAAUGGCUUGGCAGGGCCAACUGUGAUGAACGCGGCACCAUUUCUUUCCACCACCUGGUUUUCUCCAGAUGAACGUGCCACAGCAACAGCCAUUGCAUCACUACUCAAUUACCUGGGCGCUGCUGGUGCCUUUCUGGUGGGACCUCUUGUAGUGCCAUCUCCUAAUGGAACAUCUCACCUCCUGCUGGCGUCACAGAGCAACACUGAGCACAUCAAGGACCGCAUUGAGGCUGUGUUGUAUGCAGAAUUUGGAAUGGUUUCCCUGAUAUUUUCUGCAGCAUUGGCCUAUUUCCCCUCACGUCCUCCAUUCCCUCCAAGUGUGGCUGCAGCAAGUCAACGACUCAGCUACAGGAGAAGUUUUUGCAGGCUCUUAAGCAAUUUCCGGUUCUUGAUGAUUGCUUUAGCCUAUGCUAUACCACUGGGUGUUUUCUCUGGCUGGUCUGGUGUUCUGGAUUUGAUAUUAACGCCAGUUCAUGUAAGCCAAGUAGAUGCAGGGUGGAUUGGAUUUUGGUCUAUAGUUGGAGGUUGUGUUGUUGGCAUAGCAAUGGCAAGAUUUGCAGAUUUUAUCAGGGGCAUGCUGAAGUUUAUACUGCUGCUGCUUUUAUCUGGAGCAACAUUAGCAUCAACCUGGUUCACUCUCACCUGCCUAACUAGUGUCACUCAUCUGCCUUUAACCACAGCUACACUGUACACAUCCUGCAUUUUGUUGGGUAUAUUCCUCAACAGCAGUGUACCAAUAUUCUUUGAACUCUUUGUGGAGACAGUCUACCCUGUUCCAGAAGGAAUUACCUGUGGAGUUGUCACUUUUUUGAGUAAUGUGUUUAUGGGAGUGCUUUUGUUCUUCCUCACAUUUUACCAUACAGAGUUUUCCUGGUUCAACUGGUGCCUGCCAGGAUCCUGUCUGCUCAGCCUGCUUCUCAUCCUGUGCUUCCGUGAGUCCUACGACAGACUCUAUCUCGACGUCGUCGUCUCUGUGUGAUGAGUGGACUGGUGAGAGAUUGGAAGAGACUGGAAGCCAGCUUUGCAGUCUGCACAUCUGUCUGGAUUUGCACAACUGAACAGCAGGAGAGCAAAAACUGCAAGACUUUAAUCAUGGCUUUAUUAGAGAGGGUGAGGGACAGGCUGUUGUUACGUUUAAGGCCACCUUGAUUUUGGAUAAACGUGGAACUUGAAUGGUGAUGAUGAUGCCGAAAUGCACAAAGAGAAUAUAUCUGAUGUACAGGUCCUCGAGCAGGAGCUGGGGCUCUCUAUUUAAAAGGCUGUUGAUGUAGCAGUGAGGUGUACAGUUGUGUGUGUGUGUGUGAGAUAUGUCUGUGUGUCUGCUGACUCAGUUACACACACCAGGGUACCAGUCAUUUUGAGAGGCUUUUAUCAGAAUACAAAUAGUAAAUGAUCUUAACAAAAGGAAAAUAAAAAAAAAACAAAAGGAAAAAUACUUUUUUUUUCUUUCAAGAUCUCCUGUUUAAAUCACUAUCAUUUAUAUAACUAAUGUCAUUAAACAUUAGUUACAUUUAAUGCCAUUAAACAGUUAAGUUAAAACAAUUCCUUGACAUUCUAAUAAAGCGAUUGCUGAUAGAAGACACUGGUACUGAGGGUUUUAGCCAUACUAAAUAUCCCAAACAAUCCUUGCAGUGUUGUUAGAGGUAUUUGUUGUCACCCUGGGGCACAUGUAAACAGUAGUUUUAGCUGCCACAGAAACCCAGCUUGCACCCACAGUUGCCUCUGAAAUGCCACCACGGUUCUGUGUCUCCUGAAUAUGGAGCAUCUGUGGCAUCUCAGAAGUUUACUGGAGGGUCACUCUUGGUAAAUGUUGCUGUUUUAAUGGCCACCACUGUGUCACCUUUUCAUCCCCUGUCUCCAGUACUGCCUUUUUUACUGUGAAGACUUGUUUGUGCCACUGAGUACUGUGGGUGUGGCUGUCUAAGUCCCACUAGUUCUCAUUUCUUGUACUCUUAAGGUGUGCAUGAUUUUUAGGAUUUGUUUAUGAUUGAGGGUGCCUGAACAAUACUGUUUGUUAACCCAAGUCUUUAAAAAUCACUAUUUCCUAAAAGAAACCAAAACCUUUGUAGUUGAUGAGGUGCCCUGAUGGCGAAAUGACAAUGAGAAAUAACUCGAGUUUUGGCAUCGUAUGGGAAAUACGAUGCCAGCUCUUUUUAGCAGUGCUAAUCUGUGGUCGUUCUGGCCCUUACUUGAACAUAAAUAUUAAAGACACUUUGAAUAGUUUUUUAACUCAAUUUAAAAUGUGCUAAUAAUUUCUUAAUUAUAUUCUUAGAUUUCAGUUCAGCAUUAUUUACAGUAUUUGUGUGUGUGUGUGUUCUGUGCUUCGUGUUAGGGGUGCGCAUCUGUGUGUGUGUGUAUUUAUAUCUAUGUAUACACAAAUAAAACUUAUAUAUAUCUCUUCUAUAUAUAAGUUACAUAAGGGUAUGUGUUUACAUAGGUUUAUUUUAAGUAGUCAUGUCUCUGGAUGGUGGUAUGGUCACUGCUGUGAAGGGGAGCGCAUACAUUCGCUGUCUGCAGCAUGAUUUUUUUCCGAGGUGAAUGAUUUCUUACCAUAACAAUUUUACCGCGGUGGGGGUGUGCAUGUGUUGGAGGAGGCUGGUGUGCAGGGUUCUGCUCCACAGAAGUCUGAAUCAAACGCCCUUUGCUCCUGUGGGGGGCUCUUCUCUGCCACCCUGGGGUGACACUGGCACAGUUAGCUCAUGGAAUACACCCUGAACUGGGUGCUACCUUUCAGAAAUGGCUCCAUUCUGUAUGCUCUCCUUUGCAGAGGGGUUGUGCCACCAAUACCUUGAACUCAGGAGUGUACCUGCAGAGUAAAAUAAAACAAGCUCUUCCCUGCUUUUAUGUUUUCAGAAAAA